GUCUUACUUCCGGGCGGCAGCGUGUUGAAAAAGCAUAGUAAGGAUUGUGGAUUUUUUGAAAUCAAGAAACCCGCUUAUAAACUAUUUUUUUGUUUCCCAGUUAGUCGUCGAUAUGGUAAAAUUAUCGGCAGAGCUAAUUGAGCAGGCUGCUCAGUACACAAACCCCGUGCGCGACAGGGAGCUGGAUCUGCGAGGUAAAUCUUAACCUGCGCAUUUCAUGCUAGCUAACGAGAAAAGCUAACUGGUUGGCUAGGCCUUCGCACUGUAAUAAGUGAUAUAUAGUGCUUGCUAACUGGCUAACUACUAGCGGUAACUAUGCUAACUAUGCAGGCAGUACUAGCUACAUCACCCAAACUAGCCGGCUAACCGUAUGCUGUUAUGCUCUGCUCUCAUUUAGGUUACAAAAUUCCUGUACUUGAAAACCUCGGGGCUACACUUGACCAGUUUGAUACCAUCGAUUUCUCUGACAAUGAAAUCAGAAAAUUGGACGGCUUCCCUUUGCUCAAGAGGCUCAAAACGUUGCUCAUGAACAACAACAGAAUAUGGUAACUUUCGCAGCAAAUGUAUGUUGUCUAGGAUUGAUAGAAUUCGUUUUAAUUAGCUAACGUGACCUGUGUUGUCUGCUAAGGUUAGCUUCCUAGCUAGCUAGCUAUCACUGUUUUGUAAACAAUGUGCUCCCCACAGUCGUGUUGGUGAAAACCUUGAACAGGCACUGCCGAGUAUGAGGGAGCUGAUCCUCACAAGCAACAACAUCCAGGAAUUGGUGAGUUAUCACACAUACCAAUCCCAUCAGUGAAUGCGUCAAGAGCUUAUCUGAUCAGAUCAUUUUAAAUGAUUACAGAUUGGGAGCAUUUUACUUAUGCAUGUUGUUGAUUUGAGAAAUAUUACCUGUGCUGUAAUUUAGCAAGAUUUGUGACAUGAGUGUGCGUGUGUGUUGAAUCACAGUGGUUGAACCAUCGAUUUGUUGUUAUUGUGUUGUCAUGUUUUUAAAUGUGCUUUUACCUCCAGGGUGAUUUGGAUCCGCUAGCCUCAGUGAAGACAUUGACCCUUCUCAGGUAUCUAAUGAUCAAUACUUUCCUCUACUACAACACCUAGUUAAGUCAGAUUUAUGCAUUAGGUUGGUAUCAAUUUCACUGUAAAUUGCAGGACAAGAUGAGUUGCUAUAUUUGUGCACCUAAAUCCUGUGUUUUGUGAGUCAAAAUCGUAAUCUCUGCUUUUGUGAUAUCUCAGCCUCCUAAGGAAUCCAGUGACCAACAAGAAGCACUACAGGCUCUAUGUCAUCAACAAAAUCCCCCAGAUUCACGUGCUUGACUUCCAGAAGGUCAAGUUAAAGGUAAGUGCAUUCCAUGGUUCAGAAACUAGGAGUUGUAGCUUUAUAGAAAAGCGUUGUCAUUACCAGGACCAAAGGGUUGUCGUCUAUAACACAAGUCAGGUUGUAUGAAAUGUAAUGAUGUAGGCCUUUAGUUAGUGCAUACAAUCACAUACUGUUGGACUUGGCCUACAAAGCCCCUAGUUUUUCAUCUUUGCAGUGCAGUGAUAAAGAAGCCUGCAGAAUAGAAGGAAAUGUAUAGGAGUAGAUAUCUGUCUUCCUAGGCAUGCUAAGAGAAUGGUGUAUUUGUAUGUUUCUCCCAAACGUCAGUCAGCCAAUCCCAGUCCUUCUCGUGAAGGUCUCGUUGUCUGAUGAUUGGAAAAGCUCUCACUUUAACUGUGAUGUAUUACCAUAGGAGCGUCAGGAGGCGGAGAAAAUGUUCAAGGGCAAACGAGGUGCUCAGCUUGCAAAGGAUAUUGCCAAGCGGACCAAAACGUAAGAUGAAAGUCCCAGUCAGACGGCAGCUCCUUAGAAUCACUGGACACUGGCUGGUGGGGGUGUCGGGAAAAUCACCGGAACACUCUAGAAUCAGACUAGCUGCACCACCAAUCACUCUUGUAGAUGGGGUGUUGCUUAGGAACUGGAGUAUUUAAAUAUGUGGUGACCCAACUACUGUAAACCAACUACUGUAAACCCCCCCCCCCCCCAAAAAAAAAAAAUUGUGUGCCCCCAUGCAACAGUGUUUCUUAGGAGCGCCGUCUCUGGCAUUUCCUGUCGUAUCAGUUUAUUUGACUCACCAAGAAAAGAUACUACACCUGAGAUACUACACUGGUUGAGAGGCUAGAGAAGCACCCAUCCCCUCCAUGUUCUCUAACUCCGCUGGUCUGCGUUCUCAGGUUCACCCCCGGAGCUGCCGUGCAGCAGCCUGAGAAGAAGAAGAUGGGACCGUCUCCCGCUGACGUGGAAGCGAUUAAGGCACUUCAACAUUUAUUUAUUUAGCGCCAGAAAAUGUACACUCGCUGUGCAGUUUGUUCCUUUUGGCUAGCUUCCAUUCCAUGGAUUGUGUGUUGGAACUCAUUGCAACACAUAGAUUAGAUCUACCGCAUUGUUUUCACACUAUGGUGUGGACAGUUCAGUUUCUAUACCAACAUUCCACUGACCUAACUUAAUUUUCACAAUUGUAAUGGUCAAUUUAUGGUCUGCUAAACAAAUGAAUGUAAAAGGGGACUGGCAAUCUACUCUAAUGGUCCUUUCAAAAAGGGUCUGUUCAGCUAAACAAAUGUGAAACCAAAAUGCCUAUCUACUGUAAUGGUUCUAUAUGCAUGAACUUAUACAUCUGUUCUGUGCCCUACCCAGAAUGCUAUAGCUAACGCCUCGUCUCUGGCCGAGGUGGAGAGGUUGAAGGGGAUGCUCCAGGCUGGUCAGAUCCCUGGGCGGGACGUCAGACAAGGUCUGUACAGGCGACUAAAUCUUCUCAUACAGUACAUGCCUUGGACAUGCCGUGUCUGUCAUGUCCUGCGUUGUCUUGAGUAUUUAAAUGUAGAGUCAGCGAUGGAUGAAGUAAACAGCGUUAUGGUGCAGAGGGGUUUGCAUGUAUGGUUCUUUGACUGUUUCCUGUCUUUAUUUCUCUUGUUGCAGUCCCCCCGGAAAUGGUGGUGGAGGAGGAGGAGGAAGAGGAGGAGAACGGGGUUGUGCAAAUGGAACCAGAGAUACAGAUGGAGGAAGGAAAUGGAGUGGAGGAGAUGGAAAAGGAAGUAGUGGAGGAAGUACAAGGAAAGGUGGAGGAAGUACAAGGAAAGGUGGAGGAAGUACAAGGAAAGGUGGAGGAUGUAGAAGAUGUCAAGGAGGUGGAGGAAGAAGCGGAGGAAGAAGAAGAACAAGAGUCUGAGGAAGAAGAGUCUGAGGAUAUGGAUGAAGACUCACCGGUUAACGGAUCAUGA